AUGGGCAAGUCAAGGAAGGCCAAGCGGCGCGCGGCUGCUCGCGAGGCGAGAAACCUCUCUCCAGAGUCUCGGGAGUUCAGCCCGUCGAUGGAUGAUCCUUCGAGCCCCCAUGAGACUAUGUCAGCCGUCUCGACGACCAGCGAGACAGCUCGUCGGGACAGCUGGGGUGACGGCCAAGAUGUCCCAAUUGUCGACAGCCAGAUCUCUGGCAAGUCGGCCAAGGACGGCUUUUCUCCGGAGAAGUCUGAGAAUAACACUGUCCUCCAAAAACAUAUCCAGUUCUGGGACCGGGAUCGCGACGGUGUGAUCCGACCCUGGGACACCUUCUUCGGGUUCCGAGACUUGGGCUUCGGUUUCCUUUUCUGUCUAGUUGCCGUGGUGGUCAUCCACUUCGUCCUCUCCUACCCGACCCGUUUGACGAGGUCGUGGUUCCCCGACCCUCUCUGGCGGGUCUACUUGACCGGAGUCCGCAAGGUCAAGCCUGACUCGGGUUCCGGCGCUCAAUGGCAGGGAGGUGGCCGCUUCGAUGAAGAGGCCUUCAACGCAAGGUUCUCCCAGUUCGACAAGACGGGCUGGGGCUUCCUCACUGGCCGGGAGCUGUGGAGGAUGGUCCGCUCCAACCGCGGGGCGUGGGACUUGAUCGGAUGGUUGGCCGCCACCCUCGAGUUCGUCACGGCCUGGGUCCUUCUUCAGAAGGAAGGUCGUGUGAGCAAGGAAGACCUGAGAGGAGUUUAUGAUGGCUCAGUCUUUUGGCGGGUCAAGGAGGCCCGCGAAAGCGGGGACGGCUGGAGGAAGGGCUUUAGUUGGCCCAAUUUAGUGAACUUAAGCAAGGGGGAGCUGGCGCCCAAACAAGAGAUGGAUCCAGGCAAGUAG